GCCGUUGACUGGUCUUUGUUCUAUUUAACAGGUCAAUGGACUCUUCAUGAAAGAGACAAGGAGCAGUAUAUUCCAGAGUUAUAAUACCUAUGAUUUUUUUGGUACCGAUGGCCAACUUGUGUACCAAGCCGCCGAGCAGCGGGAGUGUUGUGGCCCUCGGAUUGAUUGCAGGGUUACCAACACCCAAGGAUAUAAUGUCCUCAACCUUCUUGUGCCUUCAGAGUGCUGUAGCUGUGACACCACGUUGCAGGUCUCCUGUUCCUCUGGGGAGCUCCUCGGCUACAUAGUCAAAGAGUGGACAAGUUUUACCUUAAGCUUCGACAUCUUGGAUCCAUCGGGACUUGUUUGUCUUAAAGUGAAAGGUCCAGGAUGGGGGGAAGGCUUCAUGUCUGACCUCCAUUAUAAGGUUCUCUCUGCUGACAGAACAACACAAAUCGGGGUCAUCACACGUGUGUGGCGGGGUUUAAGCAAGGAGAUGUUCAGCUAUAAAGACAACUAUUCUAUCAAUUUCCCGAUAGACCUCCAUGUCUCCAUGAAAGCCGUGCUGAUGGCCUGCGCCUUGUUCAUUGACCUUCUGAUUGAAGAGCGCAGGCGCCAACAACAGUCCCAAUCUAACAGUUAACACUGAUUGGAGGAUAUCCCAGCCAAUCCGUGGACUCGUCUCUUAUAAAGGAUCAUAUGUGUUCUGUACAUGUCAUACAUCGAAUGAAUGGGAUGUAUGAAUAUCUUCUGGUUUUAAUUUUCUUAAUAAUAAAAACAUACAAGGGAAAAAGAAGGCAGGGCCAAUUUUAUUAUAUAUGACAUCAUAUGAUAAAGGACCCUCAGAGCUCUGUGUCUUAGCUUAAAAGACAGCACAGUACAACUGCAAACUUCCUACACAGCCAUGUGAUAAGGGCAGAGUCAGUGCUAUGAUAAGGGCGGAGUCACUGCUAUGGUGGAAAUUGUGAAAACAACAGGAGCUUUCUUCAGCACAGCUGAGAAGGAUGGAACAGUACAAGUGAAAAGAAGACUGGUACGCCACCUACUGGCUGAAAAUAAAAAUAUAUUAAUCUACGAUGUGUCAUAUUGAUCUGAUUGAUGAAGGAAAUAUAUGAAUAUGUAGAGUCGAUAUGGAUACAAAUGUAGAUUAUUUUAUUUCUGAUCAUAAUCAAUAAAUCCAUAAAUAAAAUUUGUAAUUGCU